AUGGCGUCUCUCCAACGUCGUUUUACUUUAAUUUUUGCACUCUCUAUUCUACUCAUCUUCAUAAUUUUACCUAAUGUACAAGCCUGGGAGAUGGAGGAUCACGAGAUUUUCGAGCUGGUUGAUCGGUUAACAAUGACUGAAGGAGAAGACGUUACAUUUUAUUCAUUUCUCAAUGUUGA